CUUUUCUUUCUUUUCUUUUUUUUCCCAACAGGUUGCGGGCAACGCCCAGGGGUUCGAAUAAUAGGCGGGUCAACAGCGACUCCCAAUUCCUGGCCUUGGCAGCUUUCUCUGAGAGUAAUGGGCGUUCACAAUUGUGGAGCUUCACUAAUAAGUCCUAAAUGGGCUGUUACAGCAGCUCAUUGUGUAGACCGUUAUUAUGAUCCCCACGUUUACAGUCUAGUUGCUGGUAGGUACGAUCACAGGUGCCUUAUAAUGUAAUUUCAAGCCUUGAAACUGAGAUCGGGCGUAGGACGAAUAUAUCACCGUUCAUCAUUACUCAACUCCCACCCAAGUGGGUUAUGGCAUUCCCGUUACUCGGAGCAUUAGGUAGUCGACUAAACAGAUUAAGAAUGAAGCAGAUAAGAAGAUUUAGAAUAAGGACAACAUAUGGCGAAGCUUAUCCUUGGUGGUCACCUUCCCAGUUGCAGCAGAUUUUUUGAAAACGAACCUGACGAAAUUUGCGAGCCAUUUGAGUUAAAAAGGGUUUUGCGCCCGAUAAGUUCGAAAAUCACACUAGCAUAGGAAAAGGAAAGGAGAAUAAAUUAAAAAGAGCGAGAAGGAAGCAAGCCUGGAGGAGAAGAGGAAAAAGGCAAUGGUUGCACUCUUAGUUUUUAUUUUUGCUACUUGGCUGAAGAUUUGAAAAAAGGGUGUGAGACGUAAUAGGUCUUUUUUUUAGAUGACGUUUUCAAAAAUCCCGCUAAAGUCCCGUUUAGAAAAAGUACCUUAGAUAUCAUUUAUAGGUAAAACAACGCCACUAUAAAUGCUCGAUCAAGAUCAGUAAAUCAGUAGGUAGCCGAAAUGUGCCAGUUUCGAAUGAUCAAAACUCAUACCAGACACCGAGAACAGGGAGAAUAAAAGUAAAAGAAAUAAAUUAAUAAUCCUUUAAAGAAUCUUAAUUUCUUUAAUAUCUUUUGUUUUAUACCCUCCAGCCUCUUAACAAAGUGUUAAUUUUAAUAAUAAUUUCUUUUAAUGAACGCAUCAACGCGUUUAAUCCUAUGGUAAAGUCAACCUUCAACAAGGACACAAGGCAAUGACCAACUAUCAUGUUUGUCACAUAUUUCCUUUAUUCAAACAAAAACAACAACAACAACAAUGAUGUUUAUUUUUACUCUCCAUUGUCUUACAAUAAAUUACAACAAUGACAAUAUUGAAAAUAGAAUUAGCUAGAGUACUGGCUGCGCCUGGAAUAGCCAGCGGGGCUAGUGGAGCCAGGCACCCAGUGACAUCAGCAUUAAAGGGACCGAAUAAAUUACAGGUCCGUAAAAUACUGUAGCCAGAUUGUAGCCCAAGUGCUGCACACAUAGCAUUCAAAUCAUUCAUUCUGUUUUGUUUCUAAUUUUAAUUCAUUCAAUAGGGGCGCACCAAAUUCAAGGAGACGGUGUUGUAUAUCGCGUCAACAAAAUAAUCAUGCAUGCUGGUUUUUCCAUGUCCCACCUCAGGAAUGAUAUCGCGUUGAUGAGACUGGUCAAACCUGUACAACUUGGUCCCAAAGUGGGAACUGUUUGUUUUCCAAGGAAAAAUACACGUGUUGCUACAGGAACAAAAUGCUGGAUUUCAGGUUUGUCAAGUUUUAAAAUAAAGGAAACAGGGUGCUUGUUUUUAGUGAUUGAUCCCAACUCGAUCAGCGUCAUUGUGCUGGCCCGUAACGCAAAACUUGUUGGGACGGGGGGGGGGAGGGGAUUCUACCACUUUCCACCUUUUGAGGGAGUGGGGGAGGGGAAGCAGAAGAAAGAGACUGCUCGUUGAACUGUUGGCAAUUCACGGUUUUAACCAUGAAUUGCCAACAAAAAAGAUUGCAUCCUCCUUGUCUCCCCCCUUUGACAUAAGUUCUUAAAGAAGAUUUUUUCAUUUUUUCUUGUAAAAUGUAAGAAUGACAAAAAUCAGAGUUUUAUCUCUGAGAUAACGAGACAACCGUGUGGUGUAGAAUGUAUGCAGCCCUUUGUCUCCCUUUUACUUCCCGCCUCAAGCCCAAUCCUGAUUGUUUAAUAUUAAGGAGGUUGCAAAUGCUGAAUGGCUUGGGUGUAAAUGACUUUUUUGUCUCCUGAAGAAACGACAUGGUCUGUGACUAGUACAAGAGUACGACGAAUAUAUCAUUUUAAACUAAAAUCAUUACCACCCAUAUAAAGGCUUUGGAUUAAGACAAUUUCACUGUUAACAUCGACAUGACGUCACUUCUGUCAUAUUCCUUAAAGAACUGUUUCCUUUUGUAGAAACUUUUAAUUGCUCUUUUUUAACAAAAACUAAAACUGAUUGUCACGAGAGGUAACUGAAUUUUUAUAAAGUACUCAUUGAAUCGAUAUUACUUAGGUUGGGGAACACAACGAUUCAGCUUUUGGGGCAAUGCAAAACCACCCAGUCAUCUCCAACAAGCCAAUGUACCAGUGGUCGACUACAGCACCUGUGCGAAAAAGGCGGGAAGUAGAGUGCACGAUCAAACCAUGGUUUGUGUCGGUGGUGCAGGAAAGGUUGCAUGUCACGGAGAUAGGUAAUCCCAGUAAUCUUAGUUCGCAGUGAUAAAAGUUCGAAGUUGAACUUUAAUCCCCGUAAGUAUAUAGAUAGGUGACGCAAAACGUAUCCGAGUUUUUCUAUCAGGAUUCGAACACAGGCAACCCAAGCUCAACAAGAAAGUUGCUUUUGGUACAAUAUUGCAAAAUUCCCUUCAUGACCGUAAACGGAAUUGAGCGUUUUCUUGCCUUCCCGAUCGCUAAGGAGAAAAACAAACAUAAACAAAGACGUUUUUUAUUAUUGUUGAGAACUUCUGCGAAUAAAUAUGAUUUUCAAUCGACUACCUGGUUUACUGGUGGGACUGGGCUGACCAUGACACGUACCCGAUGGGUGUGCUAACUAAACAUAUCUUAGUUCCUGUGCCGCCGCAACCAUUUAAACCUAGCUACUAAUAGCUCGAAAUAGCUUAAUGAAAUUACCGUGUAUGGGCAAUUUGUAUUAUUUAUAUUUUUAAGCAUAAAAGAUUCUUUGAACACAUAAUACUAUUUAAGAGCUACUUAAACUUUUUAGAGCAAUCUUUCUACUACAUUCGUAGUUCUUCCGGGGAAAUACUAUCGGUGGAGCUGAUCUCGUUCAUAGCAAGAGUAUUAUCGGACGAUAUGUUUCAGAAGUGUCUUAACUGCCUUCCCUGACAAUAUUUCAAAACGCCUGAGAAAUUCAGUUUAAGUGCCAUGAUGUUUUUCGAAUAGAUAAUCAGAUUUUGUUUUAUUUCGACAGUAGCUAUAACUUACUUUUGAAAAAUCCUUGCGCAACAUGAAUAAGCUAUUUCACAUGAAAAUACUCAGACACUUCAACAUUUUACUCCUGCAUAACUAUUCAUACGAUAAUGGUUAACCUAUAAUGAUGAACAAAGCCAUGUUUAUUUUAAAGUGGAGGUCCCCUUGUUUGUGAAGAGAAUGGGCGUUGGGUUCUGCGAGGUGUGGCAUCCUGGACUGGAGAUAGAAAGUGCAAAACAGAUAACUACUCUAUGUACGCUCGUGUCAGCUCAUACAUGACAUGGAUCGAGAACCAGAUUGCAAGUAGG